AUGAGCCGUCGCCAACACGAACAGCACGUUCGCAUCCAUACGCUCACACGGUUCGACACCAAGUCCUCCUGUAAAACAGAAGUUCCAGCUCCCUACUGCCACUUUCUACUCCUGUUCACUCCGACGUCCUAUCUCCUCGUCAUCCUUUCUACUUGCCCACGCCUUCCCCCAAAACUCUCUUCCUCUACUCGCACAGCACCACAUCCCCCUCACCACAUCCACUUCACCACAUCCACUUCACCACAUCCACUUCACCACAUCCACUUCACCACAUCCACUUCACCACAUCCACUUCACCACAUCCACUUCACCACAUCCACUUCACCACAUCCACUUCACCACAUCCACUUCACCACAUCCACUUCACCACAUCCACUUCACCACAUCCCUCUCACCGCAUCCCUCUCACCACAGGCUCCUACGCUUACAUCUGCCUCUUUUCCUAAUAACAUUCCUCCCUUCCAUCAUUCCCACCCACAACCGCCCUCUCCUCUUCGUCGUUUCCACUCUCGGUUGCUGCCAUCUGGGCGUCUCGUCGUCUGGUCUUCCGGUCUUCCGGUCUUCCAGUCUUCUGUUCAUCCGGCCACAACGCUACUCCUACUUGUCAUGGAUUAG